AUGGCCAAGAUUUCCCAGAAGCACUUCAAAGGAACGUUAAGCAGAAACAUUCAGGAGAGAACCAUGGAGACCCUUCUACUGACUCUGCUUGGACUGCAGACCGUGAUGGGAAUGGGACACUGGUGUGAACACACGGUGGAGGAGAGAGUGCAGCGCGUCCUUUCCCCGCGUCUGCAGCUUGAAGUGAGCUGCUCAAAGGUGUAUCAGUACAACACCCAGGGCUGGAGACUCGACGUGGACAGGAUGCGCCUGAAGCAUGGAGGUGAUGAUGGCAUCGCACUUUACUACAAACAACAGGGUCAAAGGGCAUCCUGUUUCUUGUACAAACUCCCAGAGAUGCAGAACCAGAUGGUAAACAAAACAGUGAAGGCCUGCUGUGAGGGCUGGGGCGGACCACGCUGCUCUGAGGGUGUGGGUGCACGUGGCCAGUGCUACUCUACGUGGAGUUGUGAUGCGUUCCCUGGGGUUCACAACGCCUCUCUCAUGCCGAUGGAGCAGUGUUGCAGCAGCCUGUGGGGGCUCAGCUGGAGGAAUGCCUCCGACCAGACCUGCUUAUCGUGCACCUACACACUUCUUCCUGACUCCCAGUCCUCCCCUAUGGUGCGUGGUGGUCUGCUGGGGAGUGUCAGGGUUCCUCAGAGCUCGGCCACCUGCAUGUCCUGGGGUGGAGCCCACUACCGCACUUUUGACAGGAAGCACUUCCACUUCCAGGGCAGCUGCACUUACCUCAUGGCCUCAUCUACUGAUGGCACCUGGGCGGUCUACAUCAGCACAGUCUGUGAUGGCAGAGGACACUGCAGCAAGGCUCUGAGGAUGAUGAUGGGUCUGGAUUUGGUUUCAAUUCAACACAAAAACUUAACGCUGAACAACUUUCCUGUUCCAAAUGGAGAACCACUCUUUCAAAAUGGAGUGAGUGUUCAUUGGCUGGGGGACUUUGUGUUUGUGGAGAGCGGCCUGGGAGUGAGAGUAAAGUUUGACCUGGCUAACACAGUGUACCUGACGGUGACCGCUGAGCACCUGGCCACGACCAGGGGCCUCUGUGGAGUCUACAACAACAACGCUGAAGAUGAUUUCACCACGAUGGGUGGAACUGUGUCCCAGUACGCCGCCAGCUUCGGCAACUCCUGGAAAGUUCCUGACCAGCAGAAUGAAGUUUGCAGUGAUGCGGCAGAGCUUGGCCACAGCUGUGAUGUCUCAGGAGACCCUGCCCUACGCAGGCAGGCAGAGUCAGUGUGUCACCAACUCCUGGAAAUCCCCUUCACACACUGCCAUACCCGGUUGGAUCCCGAAGCGUACAUGGACACCUGUCUCUAUCUGUACUGUAGCCUGCCACCCAAAGAGAAGGAUUCAGCAGUGUGUGACACCCUGGCCAGCUAUGCCCGAGAGUGUGCUCAGCAACAUGUCAUCAUUAUGUGGAGGACAGCCACCCUAUGUGGUCGUGUCUGUCCCAGAGGUCAGGUGUUUUCAGACUGUGUGUCCUCCUGUCCCCCCAGCUGUGUGUCUCCCCAGCCCCCCGGGCCUGCAGCUAUGGGUCAGUGCAGAGAGGAGUGUGUUGGGGGCUGCGAGUGUCCACCAGGCCUCUACCUUCACCAGGGAAACUGUCUGAAAAGAGACGAUUGUCCUUGUUUCCACCGCAGACACACCUACCAGUCAGGGGACAAGAUACAGCAGAGAUGCAACACCUGUGUCUGCACAUCAGGCCAGUGGCAGUGUACUGGGGAGAAGUGCUCAGCCCAGUGCACCCUGAUGGGGGCACUACAGGUGACCACCUUUGACAAAAAGAGGUAUUCACUUCAGGGAGGAGACUGUCCCUUCGCUGCUGUGGAGGACUUUGUUGACAGGAAGCUGGUGGUGAGUGUGCGCUGUGGGGAGUGUGCAGCAGGUGGAGGAGGAGGAGGUUUGGGUUGUCUAAAGGAGAUGACAGUCACAGCACUCCGCACCACAGUCACCAUCACAGACACUGGUACAGUGACAUUGAAUGGCCAGAGAGAGCCGUUGCCUGUGGUGACGGGGGACCUAGUUGUGCGUAGGGCCUCCUCCUCAUUUCUCCUCAUCCAGGCUUUUGGAGCCCAGCUGCUCUGGCACCUAGACGGACCUUUGGCCAUCAUUACCCUACAACCUGGCUUUGCAAAUAAGGUGCGUGGCCUGUGUGGAACGCUAACCUGGAACCAGCAUGAUGACUUCACCACCCCAGAGGGAGACGUGGAGAACAGUGUGUCAUUGUUUGCAAGCAAAUUCAUGACAGAGCACUGCGCUCUACCCAAGGGAGCUCCGCCUGACCCCUGCACCACAUACACCCAGAGGAGACAGUAUGCAGAGACAGUGUGCUCCGCCAUACACAGCCCCGUCUUUCAGAUGUGUCAUGAUGUGGUGGAGCGGGAGCCUUAUUUCCGCCUCUGUCUGUUGGAGGUUUGUGGCUGUGUUCCACAGAGGGCCUGUCACUGCACCAUCCUCACUGCCUACACCCGGCACUGUGCCCAGGAGGGCGUCAUCGUCGAGUGGCGGAAUCAAACUUUCUGCCCGGUCCAGUGUUCGGGGGGGCAGGUGUACCAGGAAUGUGGCAGUGCCUGUGGGGGCUGCUGUUCAGAUGGCAGGAGCUGCGAGGCCAGUGGUGGUGAGAUGAGUCUUAAAAUGUGUGUUCCUGGUUGCCAGUGCCCAGCAGGACUAGUGCAGGACCACCAGGGCCAGUGUGUGCCCAUCACAAUGUGCCCCUGUGUGCAAGGAGACAAGACAUACCGGCCUGGGGCGAUAAUACAGAACAACUGUAAUACCUGUGUAUGUGAGCAGGGGCAGUUUAACUGCACUCAGGAGCACUGUGAGGAAUUGAACCAGUGUCCAGGCUCUCUUGUCUACUCUCCACGCUCCUGCCUCCUGACCUGCUCCAGCCUGGACCCUCCUGGACAGCAGCAGUGGUCCAGUAUCACACUGUCGGGCUGCAGAGAGCCCCUGUCUGGCUGCGUCUGUCCUCAGGGAACUGUGCUACUAGGUGAUAAGUGUGUUCUGCCAGAUGAGUGCCCAUGUCACCAUAAUGGUCAACUUUAUUACAGCAACGACACCAUCACUAAAGACUGCAACACAUGUGUGUGUAAGGAACGCCGCUGGCACUGCAGUCAGUCCGCCUGUGCUGGUGUGUGUGUAGCAACUGGUGACCCACACUAUGUGACAUUCGAUGGCCGCUGUUACUCUUUCCUGGGUGACUGCCAGUACGUGCUGGCUAGGGAGACCAGCGGUUUGUUCAGUGUGAUUGCAGAGAAUGUGCCAUGUGGAAGCACUGGGGUCACCUGCACAAAGUCUGUCACCCUCAGCUUGGGAAAUACCGUCAUACAUCUGCUGAGAGGUAAAGCUGUGACGGUAAAUGGGAUGCCAGUUAGUCUUCCGAAGUCUUAUAGUGGCAGUGGUCUUACUUUGGAAAGAGUCGGCCUGUUUGUCUCCCUCUCCUCCCGACUGGGGGUCACUCUGUUAUGGGAUGGAGGUAUGCGUGUGUAUGUGCGCCUGGCGGCCCACCUGCAGGGCCGGGUUGGUGGCCUGUGUGGUAACUUUGAUGGGGACACAGAGAAUGACUUUACUACGCGUCAGGGCAUCGUGGAGUCUACAGCCGAGCUGUUUGGUAACUCCUGGAAGGUCAGCCCCUCAUGCCCUGACGUCGCAGACCAGGACCUCAGAGACCCUUGUGCUCUGAACCUCCACAGGGUGACCUGGGCCAGGAAAAGGUGUGCAGUCCUGACUCAGGAGCUCUUCUCUCGGUGCCACCCUGAGGUGCCUUUCCAGCAGUAUUAUGACUGGUGUGUCUUUGAUGCCUGUGGCUGUGACUCAGGUGGGGACUGUGAGUGUCUAUGUACAGCCAUUUCUGCCUAUGCUGAAGAGUGUAACCGUAAAGGGAUCUACAUCCGCUGGAGGUCCCAGGAGCUCUGCCCUCUGCAGUGUGACAAUGGGAUGGUGUAUGAUCCCUGUGGUCCAGCCUGCUCUUCCUCAUGUCCCAGUGUUCAGCAGAGUCCACAAUCCCAGUGUGGCGCUCUCUCCUGUGUGGAGGGCUGCUUCUGCCCUGCUGGCACGGUCCGACACGGGGACAGCUGUGUAGUUCCUGUUCAGUGUCCAUGUGAGUGGGAGGGCUCCAUGUUUCCACCUGGAACUACCGUCACUCAACACUGUCAGAACUGUUCCUGUGAGAAUGGUGCGUGGCAGUGUAAGGGUGUGGCUUGCCACCCUGUUCGCCCUCCCUGUCUGGAAUCAGAGUUUACCUGUGCUGGGGGGCGCUGCAUCCCCUCCCAGUGGCUGUGUGACAACGAGAAUGAUUGUGGCGAUGGGUCAGACGAGAUCUGUGUAUCCACCUGCGCUCCAAACCAAUUCCACUGCACCAGCAUGCCAAGCGGACCCUGUUUGAACCAGGCUCUGCGAUGUGAUGGCCGCACAGACUGUGCUGACCAAUCAGAUGAGGAGUUCUGCGGACCCGCCACCCCCACGCCCCUGUGCCCACCGGGGGAGUUUCAGUGUGCCAAUGGAAAGUGCCUGCCAGCCAGCCGUGUGUGUGACGGGCGGCUGGACUGUGGCUUUGCUGAUGGGUCUGAUGAGCAAGACUGUGAUGUGGUGUGUGACGAGGGGGAGUUCCUGUGUGCUGGUGGACGUUGCAUUCUCUACCUCCACCGCUGUGACGGACACGAUGACUGUGGGGACCUCAGUGAUGAGAGGGGAUGUGUGUGUGCACCAGGGGAGUUCCAGUGCCCUGAGGACCAGUGUGUUCCUGCUGACAGAGUGUGUGACGGACACACGGACUGCCCCUCUGGAACAGAUGAAGCUGUCUGUCCCAGUAGAGUGACCUGUGCUCCUGACCAGUUGGCCUGCAGUGACGGUACAUGUGUCACCACCACUAAGCUGUGUGAUGGAACAACAGACUGUCCAGGUGGAGAGGAUGAGAACAGAACCAACUGCCAAACUGUUAUCAUAACACCGUCACCUGUCACCCCAACAACACCCGCUUCAGCUUGUAGGUCCUAUGAGUUCAGCUGUGCCUCUGGUGGGCAGUGUGUGCCUCAGGCCUGGCGCUGCGAUGGAGAAACGGACUGUAUGGAUGCUAGUGAUGAGCAGCAGUGUACCACGCCCUGUAGCCCUGGCCAGGUGCCCUGUCUGAGUGGGGACCAGUGUGUGGACUACCAGCAGCUGUGUGACGGGACCCCGCAUUGCAGGGACGCCUCAGACGAGAGUAUUGACAGCUGUGGCUCUACUCGGAUCCCUCCCUGUCCAGGCAGCUUUCUAUGUGACAACCGAACCUGUGUGAACAUGUCGCAAGUAUGCAACGGCGUUCCAGACUGUCCACGGGGCGAAGAUGAGUUGGUGUGUGAUAAAACUGUCUCACCAGUGCCCCCUGGCGCAGAUAACACCACUGUCACCUGUCCUGAAUUCACCUGUAUGGAUGGAUCCUGUGUCCCUUUCAACAUGGUGUGUAAUGGUGUGACAGACUGCCCAGACUCCUCAUUAGCUCCACUUGGAGGCCCCACUGAUGAGCAGGGCUGCAGAAGCUGGAGCUCCUGGGGGCCAUGGAGCCCCUGCAGCACCUCCUGUGGGACAGGCUCCAUGAGUCGGCAGAGAACCUGUCCUGAAGGAGAUCCACUGCGCCACUGUCAGGGACAGGACCUCCAGAGGCAGCAAUGCUUCAACACCACCUGCCCUGUGGAUGGUCGGUGGUUGCCUUGGGUGAGCUGGUCUAACUGUUCCAGCUGUGGUGGAGUGCAGGUCAGACACAGAGACUGCAUCUCUCCUCGCUACGGAGGCAGAGACUGUUCCCAGCUCGCUGGACCAUCCAACCUACCCAUGGAAAUCAAACCUUGUCCUGAUGAUGGCUGUGCAAACACCAGCUGUCCCAGUGGGCUGGUGAGACACAGCUGUGCUCCUUGCCCAGUGUCCUGUGCACACAUCAGCAGUGGGACAACCUGUGAUGCAAUAGCACCCUGCUCCCCUGGUUGUUGGUGUCCAGAUGGCCAGGUGAUGAGCCAUAAGCAACAGUGUGUGUUACCAGAGGAGUGUGCGUGUGAAGUGGCAGGUGUACGCUACUGGCCGGGCCAGCCGAUAAAGUUGGACUGUGAGAUCUGUGUUUGUGAAAGGGGAAGGCCCCAGAGAUGCCAGUCUAACCAAGACUGUUCAGUGCACUGUGGCUGGUCCUCCUGGUCUGAGUGGGGAGAGUGUUUGGGGCCCUGUGGCGUUCAGAGUGUCCAGUGGUCGUUCCGCAGCCCAAACAACCCCAUCAAGCAUGGAGACGGGAGAACAUGUAGAGGAAUUUACCGGAAAGCCCGUCGGUGCCAGACAGACCCUUGUGAUGAGUGUGAGUACCAGGGUCAGUCCCAUGCUGUGGGAGACAGAUGGAAGUCACACCCCUGCCAGUUAUGUCACUGUCUGCCCAACCUCACAGUGCAGUGUUACCCCUACUGUCCAUACGCUGUCAGUGGAUGUCCACAGGGCCAGAAUCUGGUGCCUGGAGAGGGAGACAGGUGUUGCUACUGCCAAGGAGGAAAUGACACCAUUACUGUGACACUCAGUCCAGUCACUGUGACCUCCAAGACAACAGAGGGCACUACACCUCUGGUUCCAACAUAUCCACUUCCUCCUGGAGAUGAGUGUUGGUCUCCUCUGGGCAUUCAGACUCUCCCGGCCUCCAGUUUUAGAGCCUCAUCACAGCAGACUGGGCACCCACCUGAGGCUGGCCGUCUCCACUGGUUGGACCCCACCACAGACCUUCAGGGCUGGAGUCCAGAACCAGAGGAGUAUAAAGACCUACCACAUCGGAGGCCUGAUGGACACACCAGCAACACACAGAGCCCGUACCUACAGAUAGACCUGCUGAAAUCAUACAACAUCACCGGUGUUCUAACCCAGGGUGGCGGUGUAUUUGGCACAUUUGUCUCCAGCUUCUACCUCCAGUUUAGUCUGGACGGCAAACAGUGGUACACUUACAAAGAGCUUGUUACUGAUGCCCGUCCCAGAGCCAAGGUAUUCCAUGGUAACCAUGAUGACCGAGGGGUGGCAGAGACCCGGCUGGACAGGAUGGUGUCGGCUCGGUUCGUCCGGUUGCUGCCACACGACUUCCAGAACGGCAUCUACCUUCGCCUUGAGAUCAUGGGCUGUGGAGAUAGUAGCCUCUGGUCGAUUACUCCCACUCCUCCAUCCCGAGUCACCCCAGCAGGUGGCUGCAGGAAAAAAGAGUUCCAGUGUAAAAACGGUCGCUGUGUGCCAGAAGGUCCACUGGGAGUGGUCUGCGAUGGAGUCAAUGACUGUGGGGAUGGAUCAGAUGAGCUAUACUGUGGUACGCAGCCGCCCUCCACCGCUAUCAGUCCACGCAGCUGUCCUGCCGGUCAGUUCUCCUGCCCACCACCAGGGGGCUGCAUUGAGGCAAAGCAGCGUUGUGAUGGCAUCCCCAACUGUCCCAAAGGAGAUGAUGAAACUGGCUGCCACAACUAUGAAAACAUCACCACCCAGUCAGACAGACCACACACACCAACCCCAGCUCCUCUCGCGACUCCAUACAAAGCGGCGGUUACUCAUCCUGCAGUAACACCAACGAAUGGUGGCCCAGGACAUCGUGGCGUCUGCUCCUCUCCCCUUGGCCUGGAGGAUGGGAGGAUUCGAUACGGCCAGCUGUCUUCAUCCUCGUAUUGGGAAAACAACCCUGCUGAUGCUGGCCGACUGAACAUCGUCCCUAAUGUGCAGGUUAUGGAGCCUGGGUGGAGCCCCUUACCUGCAGAUCCCCAGCCAUAUUUUCAGGUGGACUUCCUGGAGCCCACGUGGGUAUCAGGGGUGGUGACCCAGGGCAGUGAGCGCAUGUGGGGUUACCUCACUAAAUACCGCCUGGCCUUCGCCCUGCACAGCAGCCUCUUCACAGACUUUACUGAGGAUGGACACCCGGGUGGCCCUGCUAAGGUGUUUGAGGUGCGGAUGGUGGGCAGGACCCCUGUGACCCGCUGGCUCGGGCGGCUAGUCAGAGCUCGCUACCUGCGCGUCAUCCCUGUGGAGUUCAGACACACCUUCUACCUGCGGGCGGAGAUCCUCGGCUGCAGAGGAGAUGAGCUGGUGACCCCGAGUAGUGUGACCUCAUCCCCCUCUGGUGGUGGGAGAGUGACUGUGCAGCGCUGUAAGCCAGGCCUGUUUGCAUGCCAGCACGGUGAGGAGUGCGUCCCUGUCUCUGUGCUCUGUGAUGGUCGACCGGACUGCAAAGACAGCUCUGACGAGAUCAACUGUGGUACGGCUCCGACCAAAGGCUCUCCAGGGCUGCAGAACCAGACCAGCUCCACAGGGGGACCAGGUUACCAUGGUGACACUACAACAGGUGCCCCAGGCCUCCAUACCACCAGGUCCCAAGGUGGAAAACCUGGUGUCGUAAGCCCUGGGGUCACAACAACCUCAAGUACAGGGGUCACGACAGGUCACCCUGGACUGCAUCUCACCACAAGCCCCCCUGGAAAACCUGGGUUGCAAACCACUACAGCCCCAUGGAACGCUACAACCCCCGAUGAUGACGGUAAACCCAGGGUGCUUUGCGUUGAGGGCCAGUUUGUCUGCCGCUCUUAUGGCUGUGUCGACUCGGCACAGGUGUGUGACGGCAGGCAGGACUGUCUGGACGGGUCGGAUGAAGAGCGCUGUGGCACAACAGCCAGGCCUGCAGUGACUACACGGAGCCCCCAAGUGCCGAGCCCCUGCUCACACAAGCAAUUCUCUUGCAACAGUGGGGAAUGUGUUCACCUGGACCGCAGAUGUGACCUGCAGAAGGACUGUGUGGAUGGAUCAGAUGAGAAAGACUGUGUGGACUGCAUCAUGUCCCCGUGGACAUCAUGGAGUGUGUGCAGUGUGUCCUGUGGUCUGGGCUCCUUGUUCAGGCAGAGGGACAUUCUGAGGGAAGCUCUGCCAGGAGGGGCCUGUGGUGGAGCUCAGUUUGAUAGUCGAGCCUGUUUCCCUCGAGCAUGCCCAGUUGAUGGUCACUGGUCAGAGUGGAGCGAGUGGACAGGGUGUGACGCUCAGUGUGGAGGUGGUGUCAGGCAGAGGAACAGAACCUGUUCCGCUCCUCCUCCAAAGAACGGUGGGCGGGACUGCGGGGGAAUGACCCUGCAGAGCCAGAGCUGCAACAGCCAGCCUUGCACCACAGACAUCGGCACCCAGACAGGCUGUGUGGGAGGCAUGGUGCUGGUUACCGAGGCAGACUGCCAGGCUGGACGGGUGGAGCCCUGUCCUCCUACCUGCUCACAUCUCAGCUCCUCCAGCAACUGCACUGCAGCAUGCGUACUGGGGUGUCGCUGUCCGAAUGGUCGGUACCUUCAGGGAGGGCGUUGUGUGAAUUCCAGCCAAUGUGUGUGUCUCUGGCAAGGUCACACACUGCAGCCUGGACAGACAGUCAGCAGGGACCAGUGCACCACAUGCGUGUGCAUGGACGGACAAGUAACCUGUGACAGUUCCCUCUGUGUGGCGACCUGUCGUUGGUCAGCCUGGUCGUCCUGGUCACCGUGUGGUGUAACCUGUGGUCAGGGACUCCAGCAACGCUACAGGUCUCCAGUGAACCCAGCUGGAGCAGUCAGAGUCCAGCUGUGUCCAGGGGACUCCUCGGAGGUCCGCCCCUGCUCCGCCCCCUGCCGUCCUGUGUUACCAGAUGGAGUCUGGAGUAAAUGGACCAGCUGGUCAGAGUGCAGUAAGACGUGUUUCAACCAUGUAGAUGAUGUGGGAAUCAGACGACGAUUCCGCAGCUGCAACCACACACUCACACAAUUCAACCAAACACACGCUGACUCUGCCUGCGAUGGAGACAGCGAAGAGCCAGAGCCUUGUAACACUGUACACUGUCCAGUGAACGGUGGCUGGUCAGCAUGGGCUCUGUGGUCUCAGUGUUCAUCAGAGUGUGACUCCGGCGUCCAAACAAGACAAAGAUUCUGCAAUUCACCCUCGCCACGGCAUGGGGGCAGCAGCUGCCCGGGGCCACACAUUCAGACAGGAGACUGCAACUCACACCCCUGCUCAGGUGUGUGCCCAGAGGGCAUGGUCCACUUAACGCCGGCAGAGUGUGAGGCUCAUGGUGGUGCGUGUCCGAGGGUGUGUUUGGACAUGACCCCCGCGGAGGUGGAGUGCGCCACCGCCUGUUACGACGGCUGCUACUGCGCCCCGGGCUUCUACCUGCUCAACGGAAGCUGCUUGCUCCUGGCUCAGUGCCCGUGCUACCACCAGGGGGGGACGUACCCAGCCGGGGCCACCCUGCCUAUAGAUGCCUGCAAUAACUGUACUUGCACAAAUGGGGAAAUGGUGUGCGGAGCAGCUACCUGUCCUGUGGACUGCGGCUGGAGCGGCUGGACCCAGUGGAGCGCUUGCAGUCGAUCAUGUGAUGUCGGGGUGAGAAGGCGGUAUCGUUCGGGAACCAAUCCUUCUGCUGCUUUCGGGGGUCUUCCUUGCCGAGGAGACAAAGUCGGGAUUGACACCUGCAGCAUUGAACCAUGCUUCGGUGUAAAGCAGCCAUGGAGUGCGUGGUCAGCGUGCUCAGUGACCUGCGGAGGAGGUUACAGGGCCCGGACCCGAGGGCCCAUCCGGAUCCACGGCACCUCUCAGCAGUUCAGCGCCUGUAACCUGCAGGCCUGUGGAGACGGGAGGGUGUGUCCUCCAGGCCAGCAGUGGAAGCAGUGUGUGAAAGGAGCAGUGUCUUGUACGGACCUCACAAUGGACCUCGGCAGGAACUGCACACCAGGCUGCCAGUGUCCACAGGGCACUGUCCAACAGGAUGGUGUGUGUGUGCGGGAGUCUAAAUGUCGCUGUGACUUGGAUGGAGAGCAGUACAAACCCGGGGAUACUGUGCCCACAGACUGCAACAACUGUACUUGUGAAGCAGGGAGGCUGGUAAACUGUUCUCAAGUCAGGUGCAAUGUUGAUGGUCACUGGUCAUUGUGGACUCCCUGGGGUCGGUGUUCGGUGUCGUGUGGAGCAGGUCUUCAGUCUCGAUACCGCUUCUGUUCCAGCCCCCAGCGCUCAGGCAGUGGCCUGCCAUGUAUGGGCCCUCACAGAGAGGACCAAGUCUGCCUCACUGCUCCAUGUGACCGGGACGGUGGCUGGAGUCGGUGGAGCAACUGGACGGAUUGUACCAAGUCAUGCGGUGGAGGGGUUCAAAUCCGGAGCAGAGAGUGUGACAGUCCUCGUCCUGAGGGGGAGGGGAACUACUGCGAGGGACUGAGAUCUGAAUUCAUAGCCUGUAACACUAACCACUGUCCAGUGGCGCCAUGCUCUAAGGUCCCAGGCACGGCGUUCAGUAGCUGUGGCCCCUCCUGCCCUCGUUCCUGUGAUGACCUGGCUCACUGUGAGUGGCAAUGUGAGCCUGGAUGCUACUGUACAGAGGGAAAAGUCCUGUCUGCUAACGGUACAGUGUGUGUGGAGAGAGAAGACUGUCCCUGCAUAGACCUAAGCACUGGAAACAGGCUGGAACCAGGGGAGACCACUGAAGCCCCUGAUGGAUGUAACAACUGCACCUGUCAGGGUGGUAGGCUCAACUGCACCAGAGACCCCUGUCCAGUGUCGGGCGGCUGGUGUAACUGGUCAGAGUGGACUCCGUGCUCCAGGACCUGUGGGGCGGAGUCGGUGUCCCGCUACAGGAGCUGCAGUUGCCCUGAGCCCAAGUCUGGAGGAGUGGCCUGCUCUGGAGAACAGGAAAUACACAACGGGGUCGGAGUUCAAAUCCAGAGGCAGCCAUGCCCUGUCAUCACAUUCUGUCCAGUCCACGGCUCGUGGAGCCCCUGGUCAGCCUGGUCAGAGUGUGAUGGAUGUGCCGGGUCAUCUACUCGCACCAGGGGGUGUAACAGUCCUCCUGCCAGGUUCGGUGGGCUGCCCUGUCUUGGGGAAAGCAGGCAGAGACGUGGUUGCUAUGACAACACUACCGUCUGCUCUGACUGUGGUGGAGGCCAAGAAGAAUGGCCUUGUGGGAAGCCCUGUCCUCGCUCCUGUUCAGAUCUCCAUGGUGACACAGAGUGCUUGGACUCACCUGGAUGCAGACAGACUUGCGGAUGUCCAGGUGACAUGCUUCUGCAGGAUGGAGUGUGUGUGGCCCGGGAGGAGUGUCGCUGCAAAUACCACAACAGCUCGGCUACAGAUAUUGUCUCUGAUAUAGGAUUGACAUUCAGUGGGCUAGAUUCCAGUAAUGCAUCAUGGGAAUGGCCUGGUGGAUCUGAUUGGCAGUUUGCAGAACCAGGAGACAGCAUCGUCAGUGACUGCAAAAUCUGUUCAUGCGAAUCUGGGGUUAUGCAGUGUCAAUCAGUCCCUGGCUGCUAUGUUGAUGGUGGCUGGAGCCAAUGGGGGGGCUGGACUGAGUGCUCGCUGUCUUGUGGAGGGGGAGUCAAGUUCAGGAGACGCCAGUGUGAUAACCCGUCCCCUCAGAGCAGUGGGAGAGGCUGCCUGGGAGUCGCUGAACAGCAGAAAGACUGCAACACACACAUAUGCACAGACUCGGUGGGCCCGUGGCUCCCUUGGUCUCGGUGGUCUGUGUGUUCUGUCAGCUGCGGUGGAGGACAGCAGUCCCGCUCUCGCCUCUGCAGACAUCCACCCUGCAGCGGCCUCAGCCGCCAGAGCAAGACCUGCAACAGCCAGGUCUGCCUCGAAGUGGGCUGCCCCCCUGGCAGGUUGUACAGAGAGUGUGAAAGAGGUGAAGGCUGUCCAUUCAGCUGCGCUCACGUCAGCGGCAGGGAGGGAUGCUACUCAGAUGGCUGUGAGGAAGGCUGCCACUGCCCCCCCCAAACUUACCAACACCAUGGUGUCUGCCUGCAGGAGUGUCCCUGUCUGGUGGACAGGGAAUUCCUGGCCUCUCUGCAGAGUGUUUCUGUCACACCUGUCUCCUCUCUGCUCCUCCAUAACAUCACUGACGGUGGGGAGCUUCAGUCUGGAGACACACUGGUCCAUGACUGCAGCACCUGCGGCUGUGAACAUGGCAGGUGGAACUGCUCCUUUGAGCAUUGCCCACUUGACGGUGGUCUGUCCCCCUGGGGCUCCUGGAGCCCCUGCUCGCUGUCCUGUGGAGGUCUGGGAUUAAAGGCCCGCUUCAAGAGCUGCACCCGGCCUGCCCCAGCCCACGGAGGGAGGGACUGCCUGGGGCCACGCCAGGAAACCACCUACUGCCAGGCCCCUGACUGCCCAGUUGUUGUUGGUCCUACUGAAGAACCGGUUUUACCAGAUGAGGAUGCUGGAUUCUCUCCGUGGUCAAUAUGGAGUCCCUGCACUAAAACCUGCACAGAUGCCCUCAGCCCGGCCAUGAAGUCCCGUCACCGACAGUGUGUCAGACCCCCCUGCUCUGGAAGCUCUCACCAAGAGAAGGCCUGUAACCUGCCCCAGUGUUCAGACGAGGUGUGUGAGGGGACAGACUGUGCGGGGAGGAACUGUUCGUGGAAAGAUUGGGGGGAGUGGAGCUCCUGUUCUCGGUCCUGCGGAGUGGGUCAGCAGCAGAGGCUCCGAACUUUCCUCAGUCCCCGCUCCAACGGCUCCUGGUGUGAAGACAUCCUGGGAGGGAACCUGGAGCAUCGCUUCUGCAACAUCAAGCCCUGCAGAGUGGAUGGAGGUUGGUCUCGCUGGAGUCCCUGGUCCCGCUGCGAUAAGCGCUGUGGUGGCGGACGCUCCAUUCGCACUCGCUCCUGCUCCAGCCCGCCGCCCAAGAACGGAGGGAAGAAGUGUGAAGGAGAGAAGAACCAGGUCAAACCCUGCAACACCAAACCUUGCGAUGAGAAAGGAUGCCCGCCAGGCCAGGAAUUUGUGUCGUGUGCCAACCAGUGUCCACAGCGCUGCUCAGACCUGCAGCAGGGCAUCGAGUGCCAGGACAACACCGACUGUCAGCCCGGCUGUCGCUGCCCUAAAGGCCAGUUGCAGCAGGACGGGGUGUGUGUGCAGCUGUGGCAGUGUGACUGUACGGACUCACUGGGACAGAUCUGGGCAGCCGGCAGCGUGCAUCAGGUGGACUGUAACAACUGCAGCUGCUCUGACGGACAGCUCCUCUGCACUAAUCACAGCUGCCAGGCCUCCUGCACAUGGAGCUCCUGGUCCAGUUGGGCACUCUGCAGCGUUUCCUGUGGGCAGGGCCAGAGAACCAGAUACAGGUCUCUGAUCCCAGAGACUGAAGGAGCUGAUUGCCAGUUUGAGGAAGUUCAGCAUAAAUCCUGCGACCCCGGACCCUGCCCACCUCUCUGUCUCCAUGACGACCAGGAGCUUACAGUGGGAGACACUUGGCUGCAGGGCGAGUGUAAACAAUGCACAUGCACCCCAGAGGGAGAUUACUGCCAAUACAUUGACUGCAGAGUGGACGGUGGUUGGACCCCAUGGUCAGUGUGGUCUGACUGCUCAGUGACCUGUGGACGAGGCACCCAGGUUCACACCCGGGCAUGCAUCAACCCCCCUCCACGGAACAACGGGUCUCACUGCAGCGGUCCGGAAAGAGAAGCACAGGACUGUCACACUCCUCCCUGUCUGGAUGAUCUUUGCCCCUGGUCGCCAUGGUCACCUUGUUCCCAGAGCUGUGGCGCAGGUUCUGUGUCGCGCCGCAGGGUGUGUGUGUGUGAGGAGGGGGGAGAUGCAGCGUGUCCCUCUGAGAUCGAGGCUGAGAGGAACAGAGAGGAGACCCAGCUGUGUUAUAAACGGCCCUGUCCAGACUGUCCCAUGUCGGGGUGGAGUGUUUGGUCUCCGUGCUCCUGUCAGUCUCAGAGGCAGCAGCGCUACCGUGUAGCUCUCUCCCCGGCCACCAGGGGGCAACAGUGCACUCCUGUUGAAACCCAGAGCAGGACGUGCAGUCUCAGUCAGUGCGGUGAUUGUGAAGCCCCAUUUGAGUACUCAGCCUGUGGUGCUCCCUGUGAGAAGCAGUGUGUGCUGCAGGGCCAUGGGGAUCUGUGUUUAGGAGUCAAGGAGUGUACACCUGGCUGCUACUGCCCACAGGGCCUGCUGCAGCAGAAUGGUACCUGUGUUCCUCCAGAGGAGUGUGGCUGCGUCCACCCGCAGCACCAAGCUUCCGGACAACCACCCACACCUGUCACCCUCCCCCAGGGGGCCACAGUCAACAUAGGCUGCAGUACUUGCCUCUGUCAUGAUGGAGCUUUGCAGUGUGACAUGAGAGAGUGUGAAGUCAUCCUCAGCGAGUGGUCAGAGUGGACUCCCUGCUCUCCCUGUGUGCACUCGUCCUCCCUGCUGCACAGCGACUCCCAAGCUGGAGUCAUCAGUGGCAGUAAGAUGGUCUCAAUCCAGAGGCGUUUCCGGGCCUGUUUGGACCUGGAAUCUGGUCUUCCGGUCCCUAGAGAAAAGGAGGAGGAGAGCCAAUGCCCCGGACCGCUGAAGGAGGAGAGGCUCUGUCCAGAUGCUAAAAUCUGCAGCGAUCUGUGUCAGUGGAGUGUCUGGAGCGCCUGGACAGCAUGCGCGGAGCCCUGCAGCGGUGGAGUCCGGCAGCGCUUCCGACGGCCCCUGGCCUCUCCUCCAGGAUCCCGCUGUAAAAGCCAACAGACUCAGAGCCAGAGCUGCAACACAGGACUCUGCCCAGGUGAGCGCUGUGAGGACAGGGGCCGGACCUACCAAGAGAGCUGUGCCAAUCAAUGUCCUCGCAGCUGCACUGACUUAUGGGAGCAUGUGCAGUGUCUCCAAGGAGCCUGCCAUCCAGGUUGUCGUUGUCAAAAGGGACAGUUGUUGCAGGAUGGCGAUUGUGUGCCAGUGGCGAAGUGUCGCUGUGGUAUCCCAUCAGGCAACGGGACGCUGGAGUUCAACCCUAAAGAGGAACUUUCCAUGGACUGUAACACCUGUGUGUGUGAGAAUGGCACUCUGGUGUGCACUGAGCUCCAGUGCCCGGUUUAUGAGCCCUGGAGCCCAUGGAGCUCGUGCUCAGCCUCCUGCGGGCGUGGCCAGAUGACCAGGACACGCCUUUGCCAGGACACAGAGGGCGGUCCUUCGUGUGCCAACACCAUGCAGACGGAGAGCUGUGAUCUGCCAUCAUGUCCAGUGGGUUGUUUGUUGAGCGAGUGGUCAGCCUGGAGUGAGUGCAGCGCCUCGUGUGGUGGUGGGUUGUCAUCACGGAACAAGACGGUCCUCAGAGAACUGGAGCCUGGUGGGACGGCCUGUGUGGGACCACUGGAACAGCACACUGCCUGUCACACCAACAGCUGCCGGCCUGAGUGUCCUAGAGGCCAGGUGUUCAGUGACUGUUCAGGCUCCUGUCCAUACACCUGUGAAGACCUGUGGCCACACACUCAGUGUUUAACCGGACCCUGCUCUCCUGGGUGCAAGUGCCCUCCCGGACAGGUGCUGCACAAGGGCUCCUGUGUGUCCCACGCCGACUGUCCCUGUUCUCUGCUGUCCCUGCCGACUGCUUACCAGCACCCGAAUAUGAGCACUGAAGAGAUCACAGAAAGUCUGCUGCCAGCUGGAACAGCCUUUCAGCACCUCUGCAACACAUGUGUGUGUCAAAGAGGAGUGUUCAACUGUACCUCGGAGCCCUGUGAGGUGGACUGUGAGUGGUCCAGCUGGUCCCUGUGGAGUCCAUGCUCAGAAAGCUGUGGCACAGGACAACAGCGCUCCAGCAGAACCGUCCUGCAUCCCAGCCAGUAUGGAGGGGCCAAAUGUGAGGGCCCUGACCGCCGCACAACCAACUGCAUUGCCCCUGACUGUGCGUGUCCUGACGGGGAGCAGUGGAAGAGGAGUGUGUCGGAGGAGGUCGCGCUGUGUGAGAGGAGCUGCGAGGACAUUUACUCCUCCUCUCCCGUCAACUGCAGCCACUCCAUCGAGGGCUGCGUGUGUCAGGAUGGGCUCUACAGAAACACAGAGGGGGUUUGUGUCAUCCCCGCCCUCUGCCCCUGCCAUGACCAGGGCAUCAUGCGGGAGGCAGGAUCCGAAUGGGACGAGGGCUGUCUGUCGUGUCACUGUGUGAACGGGAAAAAAGUGUGCCAGUUAAGAUGUCCGCCACUCUACUGUGAUGAGGGGGAGGUGAAGGUGGAGGAGCCAGGCAGCUGCUGUCCAGUCUGUAGAAAAUCGUUUCCAGAAGAGCCCGUGCCAGAGUGUCGUCGCUACGUGCAGGUCAGGAACAUCACUAAGGGAGACUGUCGGCUUGACAACGUUGAGGUCAGCUUCUGCAGGGGACGCUGUCUGUCCAGGACUGAUGUCAUCCUGGAGGAGCCCUACCUCCAGUCAGUGUGUGAGUGCUGCAGUUACCGUCUGGACCCUGACACGCCUGUGCGUUUCCUCAGCCUGCAGUGUGAGAGUGGAGAGAGCGAGCCGGUUGUCCUGCCCGUCAUACACAGCUGCGAAUGCACCAGCUGCCAAGGAGGUGACCUGUCCAGGCGCUGAGCAAGUAUGUUGAGUGUGAAUGUGUGUGUGUGCACAAGAAAGAGCGAGAGCAGGACAAGUACAAAUGCCAAGCCAAGUGAGAGCGCUUGCUGGGUGAUGGACACAUCAUUUUUGGCGGGACACAGCGAUGGAUGGAUCAGAGGAAAAAUGGAGACCUGAGAGCCCGCUGAUGUACGCACUGUUCUGUAGUCCUGAGUCAUCGAAUGACUGAAUGCUACUGCUGAUCAUAGAGUUAAUGUUCUGAACUUUAAUGUGUAUUCUUUAACUUGUACAGCCUUUUUCUACUGUAUAUUUAUAGUAAUAUUAAUGGACCUAUGAUACAACCCAAGUAUGCAAAA